AUGAAAACAGUUAUCCAAGUCUUGUGCUUCUCUCUCUUAAUAACCUUAUACAAAUGUGCUGUGAUCACUGGGGCCUGUGAGAGGGAUCUCCAGUGUGGAGGUGGGACAUGCUGUGCCAUCAGCUUGUGGCUCCGUGGGCUUCGGAUGUGCACUCCUUUAGGGCAAGAGGGAGAUGAAUGCCACCCCAUUAGUCACAAGGUCCCUUUCUUUGGAAAACGACAACAUCAUACCUGCCCAUGCUUGCCAAAUUAUAUAUGUUCCAAAUUCAUUGAUGGCCGAUACCGAUGUUCUGUUGACUUCAAGAACAUGGACUUUUAA